UUUUCUUUGGGUUACAGAUGGAGGACAAACUUAUGGUACCCCCCAGUGGGGACCAUGGCUCUCAACGAAGUAGCAUCUCUUCCACUGGUCCUCGUGCCCAGGAUGUCCUGGUUUAUCUUGUUGAUGACACUGUGGUGCGUCUAACGAUGGACAACUUACCCUCAGUCACAGCUCACGAGUUGCAUCGGAUGGUGUCGGAUGUACUGAAGCUGCCCGAAUGUGCACUCGAGAUCUUUUCCUUGUGGCUAGUCUCCCCCUUCCUUGAAGUUCAGCUGAAACCCAAACACCAGCCAUAUAAAGUCUGCCGGCAGUGGCAAGAUUUGCUCUUUCGCUUCACCAGCUGCUCCGUGGAUGCAUUUGUGGAAGAUGAACCAUCACUUCAGUUCCGCAGAAAUAUCUUUUUCUUGAGAGGGAAGGAGCUGCAGAUUCAGGAUGAGGAUGUUCUGCGCCUUUUGUAUGAAGAAGCCAAGUACAACAUUCUGGAAGGAAGGUAUCCAUGUGACCUCACGGAUUGCGAGGCCUUAGGAGCUCUGGUUUGCCGAAUCAACUUGGGCCCUUACAAUCCAGAGCAGCACACGGCUUGUUUCUUGAAGGAGAGACUGGAUUCCUUCUUGCCUUCCCACCUUUGCCAUAGAGGCCACAAGCGCUUUGCCAGCCUAUGGAAACGGGCCAGCUCCCACUUGCCUCUCAACGAGCAGGGUCUCCUGCAUGCCUUUCGUGAGGUACCUGAGGCAGGGGCUUGCGAAGAACAUGCCACUCUGCUCAGGUUGUACCAUGCCUACCUGCAAAAGUGCCAUGAGCUUCCUUAUUAUGGCUGUGCCUUUUUCUUUGGGGAAAUAGACAAGCCAGUUCAGGGAUUGCUGCAUCGGAGCGGACGCAAAGCUGUUAUAGUGGCCAUCAGCUUAGAGGGCGUCUAUAUCGUUGACAGCAAGGAGAAGUAUGUUUUGCUGGGCCUGAGGUUUCAGGAAUUAUCGUGGGAUCACACAUUCCCAAGUGAGGAGGAACAUAUCCUAUGGUUGGAAUUUGAUGGGGAGAAUGAAGGCCGGCAAGUCAACAAACUGCUCAAGGUUUACUCUAAGCAGGCUGAACUCAUGAGUAGUCUGAUUGAAUAUUGUAUUGAGCUGAAUGUGGCUGCCAAGGGGCUGGAUCCAGAGCCCCCCACUGCUGCAGUUCCCACAUCUGAUCAACAGCCUCCCAAAGUUCAGCGGCAACACAGUGUGCUCUGUGGCCGGAUCCAACGCUUAGCCACCAUAGACUAUGUUGAGGAAGGGAAAGAGAUCAAGAGGGUGAAACCUCGCCGCACAACGUCCUUCUUUGGCCGCCAGCUGUCAAAUGCCCCUACCUCCUACUCGGCGGUGCGGGCAGCUGAGAACUUGGAGCAGGGCUGAUCUCCAUGCUGGUAGUGGGGUAGACACGGGACCAGGCAACUUUGGGGGCAGUGCAACUAAACAAUCAGCAUCCUUGGCUCUGUCUUUGGGGGUUAGAUGCUGUCUACUAUACCUCUGUCUCCAGAAAAAAACAUUACACAUAUUCACUUAUACUGUCAGACUUUUAUCCAGCCAUACGCUCAGUCUCACUGGGAUUGGGUUGUCAUAAUGUGCCAGGUUCUUCCUUGGACCCCACAUUUUGAGUGUGUUCCCAGCAUGCAGCAGAGCUGCAGUAAGAGAUCCAUUCCUCCUAAUACGAAGUGCCUUACUGUCACGUUUUCCAGCCAGUGGCCAUGGUGUAACAGUAGUCAUCUUGGAUUGUUGAUUUCUCUCUGCUUCUUUAUGGUUUUCAGGAAAAAAGGAAUCUAUCCCCAAAUAUACUGUCAGGUAAUUAAGAAAAAAGUCCAGUAUUGGUAAAUUUUGAAGGGAAGAAACUUAAGGUUACUGUUACUUGGGAAUUGGCAUCCAGGGGCUGAAUCCCUGUUGUAUUUUUAAACUUGUUCUAAUUUCAGGUCAGCAGCAAAAUUUCAUCUAUUAGUGGGAGGGGAAAAUACGUUUUUUAACCAUGAUUUGAUGGGGGAGCUUAAAAGAGGCAUCUGUUAAAAAGGCAAUGUUUGGGGUGGUUAAUUCCUGUGACUUUAAAAGGAUCCUUUUAAAAUACUUGAGUAACGUUUGAAAAUGAGGGGAAGUAGUUCUUUUCCAAGGCAUGGGAUGCUGGGCUAUCACACCAACUACGGUAUAACCAGGAAAACUUGGUUGCACUUUUACAAGCUAAUGGGUGUAAAAUGUACACAUCUACUACUCAUUGCCACAUACACUCUUGACAUUUUCUCCUGGACAACUUUUGUCAAUUUUGUUCUGUUGAGCCCAAGUGCAUUGCUGUUACUGGGGUUAUGGAACACGUGGCCUUGACAGCCUUUCUCAACCAGAGAUGACUUCAUAAUCCCCUUCUUGUCUGUGAAUUACUAUGUUCAUGAUCCAAACUUUUGGAAGAGGCUCACUUUGAGGAAAGAAGGCACCAUUCUGGAAGGCAGAAUCAGCAAAUUAUGCCUUUUGUGUCUUUAUAUAAUUCAUAUUUGGAUCUUUGGGGGGUUUCUUUUCAUCCCUCUUACCUCUGUAUCUUGAAAUUUGUGUGUGUGUGUGUGUGUGGUUUUUUUUUUUUUGCAGUUUCUUCCAAGUUGGUAUUUGCUCUUCUUUGUCCAAUGGCAAGAGAAAUGCAUCUUGCUAAUCACGGGUUUCUACCCCCUUUGAAUCUCCAUUUGCAAAAAAGUGUUUUUUUCUUGUUUAAAACAACCCUAUGCAAUGUUUCUUUUACUGACCUCCAUUUUCACAGUGUGCUUGUCCACCUAUUGACUUUAUCUAGGGGAUUGUUGCAAUAAAAAACAAGAAUUAAAAAAUG